UUUGUGUGGUCUCUGGUUCUUGGACGACUGUUGACGUUAGGCUAUCAGUUCAAAAUGGAGGGAGAUCCAGCGCCCGCUUCCUCAGGUCCCGCUGCUUCCUCCGCUCCAAUUUACGCCUUCAUUCAGCGCGCCAAUCGGCUGCUGACACGUGUCGAGAGCCGGCCUGCUAGCAAGCUGAGCGCAGAGUGCCGCCGUCGCAUCGUUAAGCUCAUCACCCGCGAGCGACGAUUUCUGUCCUCAUUAUUGGCUCACCCAUUUCCCGCUACAGGCCCGCUGGAGCAGCCAGCGGCGCAGAAGGCGCGGCGAGGCUCAAGAUGGGUGUCGAAUCGGCUUCAAAGGCAGUUCCAACCUCCCCCACAUGGAGACGAUCGUUGCCGCCCUAUGCCACCCGCUGGUGUCGCAGGCGUCUGCAGCCAUGACGCACUUCCCCACUGCAGCAGCCCCGGCCAGUCGGAAGCUGACACAUCAGCAUCAGCACCCUAAUCCAACAACCAUUUCUGAUUCGGCAAUCAAAUCCGAUCCGACGGUUCACAUCGAUCCAACAGUGCAUGUUGAUCUGGUGUGUCUGUUCAACGGCCUGCCAACCUGGCUGCUGGCAACAGCUCGCAACCCCAACCGGAUUGGUUAUCAAGACACCGUGUCAGCGCCAGUUUCAGCCACAUGGGAAAGAAACCAGGUUCCCCCUGCCUUCCGCUCGUCUGAUCGCGGCAUUCGUCGGCGCAUCCUUUCAGCCCAAUCAGCAGCUGCCACGUGUCCCCCUGCAGCGAGGCCAGAGGCGGUUGUGGUGGUGUUCGGGCGGGGCGUGAGGGAUAGUGUGGGGGCGAUGGUGGAAAGAGAUAUGGGGGGGGAGAGAGUAGUGGGUGGGAGAGAGUUGGUGAGGGAGAGUUGGGUGAAUGGUCCAGGGGGAGUGAGACUGGGGGGGUUGGUGGAUGGGGAGGUGGGAGGUGAGAGUGUGGGGAGGGUGGCGGAAGAAAGUAUGGGGGAAGGAGAAGGAGUGAUGCACGCGGAAGGACGGUCAACAGCAAUGGAGUCAAAAGCAAUGGAUCCGGAUCGAAUGGAGGAAGAGGAAAGGGAGGAGGGAGCGGCGGGUUGGGCGAAGGGAGGGGGUGCGAUGGUUGGAGAUGAACAGGGGUGUGUGGAGGGGGUAGGGGAGGAUGAGAUGGCAGACAGUUGGGCAGAAACAGAGGAAGAAGAGGAAUAUGAGGAUGAAGAUGACUUUCGUGUGCUGGCAGAUUCAGAGGGGCAAAGGAGAUGGUGGGAAAGAAGGGGAGGAGGAGGAGGGGGAGAAGAAUGGGUGGGGAGUGUGAGCAUGCAGUGUGAUGGGGGUACUGAGAUUCCAAAUGGUGCUGAGAUGUCGUUUGGUGCUGACGUGGCACGUGGUGUGUGGUUCCGUAUCUCCACGCGUGCGCUUCCUGCACACGUGGUAAAGCUACUUGGCUGUGCGCACACUCAGCCUAGUGGAGUAGCUCCACAUGCACAGUCGCCUAGUGAAACACCAGAGGAAACACCUGAGAAGACACCUGAGAAGACGCCUGGAGAAACACCUGAAGAAAUGCCUGAUGGAAGAAAGCUCUGUCCAAGAUCAGAAUGGAGUGAGGGGAGAGCGAUGAAGCUGGAUGUGAGAGCUGAUGUGAUUAAAUUGGAGGCAACAGAAGUGAUUCACUCUAAUGAGGCAGCUGCUGGGGUGAUUAACCUGGAUGUGACAGCAGCGGUGGCUCUGGUCUCAGAGUUGACCCACGGGGGCGCACAGAGGAUCGCAGGCUCGGCAGAACCGGAGCUGAGGGCGAGGUUCGGAAACACAUGGCAGUUCAUGAGAGAGCAGGCACAAUCUGAGCUGGCCCACCCUCAGCUUCAGGUGCUGCAGGGGGUGCUUCACAACAAGGAUGUGAUCAUGUGCCAAACUGCUUAUAACGAGUACACCUCUAUCGUGGACGUCAUUGCUGGACCCAGGGAAAAGCAGAGGGCUGCUGCUCUGUUGACCUCUUGUGUCAGAGUGGUGCCAGAUCAGCCUUCCUCUCGUCUGCUCUCUCUGCCUACCACUGCGCGAAUCAAGCAGCGCCACAUCAUCAUCUUUGGGACCUCUGACAGUUGGGGGUGCGCAACACUUUCUGCCAGCACGGCAUUUGUCCGGGCAGCACGACACGCUGGCGCACUAGUGAGAGUGGUGGAGCAUCGCCCGUCUGCAUUGAUGGGGGAGUGAAUGGACGUCUGGAUUGGAUUCCGAACAAGGCGAAUAUCAGUGGCUUGUGAUUCUAUCCUACCAAAUGUCACCCCACUCCUAGCAAUUCCACUGUGAAGCCACUGCCGUGUCAAUCGCCAUGUAGACACGUGCCGAUUAAAUCCGUCGUUUUCCUCGUUACAGGCUGUUCUACAUGCUUUAGGAGGGUUCCAGAAGUACUUACAUGCCCCUUACCCUCAUGGUAUUCUUGGAAGCACACUCAAUAUCUUGUGUGGUGCUUUUGGAACAUAUGUUGGAGGUUCAAGAAGUGUAUUA